AUUAUUUUGGACAUGUUUUUUUUUAGAUAAACCUCCGAGAGGCUAGAAACAACAACAUUCAUUCACCACUUUAAAAACUUAGAAUGUAUUGGCUUGUAAUUAUCGUUAUGAGGAUGUUGUUUAGUCUCGCCCAGUCAUGUAGCUGUCCAUCACAUCCCCUCUGUGGUUGUCGCGUUCUAAUUAAUCGCUAUUGUCACAUGACAUGCGGAUCACAAAACAUUUCCUUAACACAAACUGACAUCGAUCAGAUUGGAAGAGAUGCCACGAUGACUAAAGUGGAAUUUUUGACCAUCAGUUAUUGUGCGGAAGAUGUUAUUUCAUUCAAAAAGUUUCCUACGUUAUUAAAACUUCAAUCUCUGGAGGUUAAUUGUAACAGUCUAUUAAAAAUACCUACAGAUUUAAAUAAACUCUCUUCAUUGAUAAUGUUGUUGGUUUCUGGGCACAAGAUUACAUCUAUAGAAAAAGGAGUUUUAUUUGGUUAUAGACAUCUGGAAACUCUUGUUAUAAAUGGUAACAUACGGAAAAUUGAAGAGGAGACAUUUUUUUACCUUCGUAAUUUAACAACGCUCGAUCUCAGUUCAAAUAAAAUUUCCAUACUCUCACCAAACGUAUUUGCAGGUCUCGAAAAAUUAAAAUAUCUUACAUUAGAUCACAACAACAUAGCGACCAUACCAGUCUCCGCAUUAUUAACUCUACAUAAUUUAAAAGAACUCCAAUUAAUUGAUAAUAAAAUAACAACAAUACCAGAGUCAGCAGUCUCAAGUCUACGAAACCUUACAGCGUUAGACUUGGAUAAAAAUCCUUUAAAAUGUGAUUGCGGUCUUUAUAAGUCCGUGCGGAGUUUGUAUAAUUCAUCGAAAAGCUUGGUAAUUGAUGGUACUUGUGAAAAUCAUACAAGUGAUCAUGACCACAUAUCAAGGGAUUUUCUCAUCGAGAGAGAUUACUUUAUUGUUUGUGAUUAUAUAUCUCCUUGUAAAACAAAGGUGAUUGUGAUAAGCAAAGAAAAGAAGAAACUGGUUUUGCCAUUAGUUGGAACAUUUUUAGGAUUAUUUGUGGUUGCUAUUGUUGUUGUUUCUGUUGUUUGCUAUCGUUCACGCAAGAAAAUUUUUGUAUCUGCCGGUUCCCGACUUGUUUCCAAUGAUUCCUCUUUGGAGCAAAUCACGAUCGCAUAUGAACAAGAAAGUUUGUGA